AUGAGCUCAUUUAUCAAUAAUAACAACAGAUUAUUACAGGAUCACGAGAUUGAGUCGUAUGGAGGUGACUCAUCACAAAAUAUAAAUGAUCUAUUGGAUGAGGUUAGAGGUGUAAUCGAUCAAUAUUUUAACAAUAAUAAUAAUAGUACUGUUAAGAAAUCUCCUAUUUCUCCAUCUCAACCACAACAACCGCAAUCCAAUCAAACUAUUAAUAAUAUUCAAAAUAAUAAUAAUGUUCAAAGAGCCAAUUCAUUUGGACAAACUCCACUUAAAAUAUCAUCAAGAUUUCAAUCACAACCUCAAUUACCUUUACCCAACAACAAUACUCAACAACAAUCACAAUCACAACAACAACAACAACAACAACAACCAUCCAGACAACAAGUCAAUGGAACUGGAAAUGGACAUAAUAUUGGAUUAUAUAGAUCAGUAUCUUCCAAUUCAACUCCAUAUCAACCAAAUAAUCAACAACAACAACAACAAGUUAAACCAAUACAAAAAAAAAAAGAUACAGAAUCAACAUUGUCAAUUGAUGUAUCAAAAAUUGGAUUAAAAGAAUUAUCAACAUUAUUGAAUCGAAGAAGAGAAGGAUCUAUUCAUAUCCGAGCCAUUAAACAAAUACUUGUACUCUAUCAACAAUCCAAACAAGUUGAAUCGUACAAGAGCAAGUUUAUCAAUGAGGUGGUACAAGGUAGCUGUUUAAGAACUUUAUUGUCAUUCCUGACACUACAAGAACCUCCUUCAACCGACUGUUUCGAAUACAUUGUACAAUUAGAAUCACUCUAUCUAUUGGCAGCACUCACUGAAAACGAUGCCAUUAAAUUAUUUAUCAAACAAACUGGAGACAUUUCGACCAUCGUAUCCGUUCUCAAUUGGGCUCAAAAGAGUCGAUCCAUGUCACUCAUUUUCCCACUUUUGACACUUACCUCUAAUCUAGCCACUCAAGAAUCUUGUGCCUAUGUUCUAAAAAGAUCCGGUGCCAUCCCUCCCAUCUUUGGUAUCUCAACCAAUGACGCCAUCCCAAAAGAUUUACGUAUCAUUAGUACAAAUACUUUAAUUAUUUUUGCAAGUUAUUCUGACCCAAAGAUAAGUGAAAUAAUAAUUGAUAAUUCAAAUUCAUUGACUACGAUUAUAAAACAAAUUUAUACCAAUUCAAAUAUUCAACCUGGUGAUAAUCCAAUGGAAUCUAUAUGUAUUAAAUAUUUGGAUUUAUUGUAUCAAGUUUCAGAUUGUGCCAAAACAAAAGCUAUUGCCUAUGAAUGUGGUAUUGAAAGGUUGGUUGAAUUGUUAAGAGUAACUGAAAUCUAUCCUGCGGAAUUAAACAAGGGAAAUUAUUUUAGAACUACAAAUACCUCCAAAACCGAUCCAACAGGUAACCAAACACUCUUACAAUCAAAGGUAUUGUCUUGUUUGGAGAAAUUGUCAUACCACGAUAACAAUAGAACAAAAAUUGGCAUUGCUGCCAUUUAUACAGUCCUUUCAUUCUUAAAACCAAUGCAUAAUAUUCCAUUUGAUGUAUUCAGAUGGAAUACUACUAUACUUGAAAGAAUUUUAAAAUUAACUGUUCAAUUAUUAAAUAAUGAUAAUGUAAAACAAGUAUUUAUGGAUAAAAGUGGAUGUAGUAUUAUAGUUUCAAUGAUAUCAAAAGAUUUUUUCCCAUCUGUGAUUGUAUUGUCAUGUGCACAGAUACUUGGACAAAUCGUUACACCAAAGAAAACAGAGAGUAGCAAAAUCUUUUUCUCGGUUGAAAAGGUAAUGGGAGGCGAUAUUGUACCAUCUCUCAUGAAGCUAUUUAAAUCGUAUCCAGAGGAAAAAGGGUUACAACUUUUAAUGUGCAAAGUGUUUAUUCAUCUUGGCACUAGGGAUGAAAACAAACAAACUAUAUUUUCAGAAGGUGGUAUUCAAUUACUUCACCAUCUCCUAUGUAGUUCCGACAUUGAAGUAGUUGCUUCAGCUACUGAAACUUUGGCUAUUUUAUCAAAUAACAAAUUUAUUCGUAAAGUUUUAAGAUUAUUAGAUAGUAUACCAAUUUUAAUUCAAAAUGUUAAUAGUAAUAUUAGUCAACCUAUUCAAAAAUGUUCAAUUCAUGUACUUUAUCAUAUUUCACUUGAUGAUGAAGGAUUAAUGUUUUUAUUAAAUGAAAAUAAUGGUUUGACACCAAAUAGUAUUAAUGGAUUAUUAUUUAGUAAUGAUUCACAAACACAGAUUCAUGCAAUGAAAACAUUAUCAAAUCUAACUUUGGAUGAAGAUUAUCUUCAAAGAUUUAUUGCAAAGGGUGGAAUACAAUCUGUUUUAAAUUCAUUAUAUUCAAACAAUGAAAAUUUACAAUUUUGUGUUUUAGAAUUUUUAAAUAGAAUUAUUCAAAAUCCUGAAGCACAAGAUUAUAUAAUUAGUGAAGGAUUAAUUGAUAGAUUAAAAAAAUUAACUUCACAUGAAAAUGUUACUAGACCUUCAUCAAUCCUUCUUCAACCAUUAAAAACUUUAUUGGUAACAGUUAGAUCUUUGAAAUUAUCAACUCCAUCUCCAUCUGAAUCUUCACCUCCAAUUGAUAGAGGAAUGAAUGGUAGUAAACAAAGUUAUGGUGGUAAUAAUUAUUCACCAAGAUCACCAGUACAAUAUUCACCAUUAAAUUCACCAAAUCAUUUUGGUCAUUCAUCAUCUCCAUUACCACAACAACUCAAUGGAGCAAAUCACUAUAAUCAAGCAUCGCAACAGCAAUCAUAUAAACCACCAGAUUUUAAAAAGAUUGAAUCAGUGUUGGUUAAAUUGGAUAGUAAUCAAUUGAGAUCUGUGAUUGUUGAAAUGAUAAAGGCAAAUCCUACAAUAUCAGAGGUUUUACCGGUAUCGAUCAAAGGUGUAUUGACUGGUAACACUUUACCAUUCCCAACAGCAUCAUCCAAUUCUAUAAACUCUACACCUCAACAAUCUCCAUAUGAAAUGUCACCAAACCAACGUACUAUAAAUAAUGGAGCAUCAUAUCAUAAUGGUAACUCUCACCAAAACAACAAUGUGUCUUCACCACCUCCUCCACCUGCUCCAACAUUUAAGCAAAAUCCACCAAACUUGAAUGCUGCAUUAAAGCAACCACAAGCACUUAGACCAGUUAAUACAAACCAACACCACCAAAGUAACAACAAUAGUAAUGCAAGAAAGAGUUAUAGACAAUCAACUCAAGGAUUUGCAUCAUUGAUGGAAGAAAUUAAAAGCAAGGUUGGAUCUGGAAGAAUAAGAUUAAGACAUAUUGAUACUCAACAAGAGAUUGAAAAUAGAAGAAAGGAUCAAGUGAUUGAAAAGUCUGGUACUCUAUUAAAGGAUAUUGUCAACAAGGCUCAAUCCCGUCAAGCAAGACAAGAGGCUAAAAAGGUAUUAGUUGAUUCAUCCACCACCCAAGGAAUGAAAGUUUGGAAAAAGGAUUUCAAUCUCUACAAACAAGAAAUCCAAUCAUUGUUUAGAAGAAACAUUAAUUUGGCACACUUGCUCUACAAGAUUUUAGAAUCCACUGAAAAGGAUUUCUCAUUCCAAGAGGCCUAUGAAAUAUCUCAAUCACCAAACCAAGAUCAAUUGGCUCAAUCACUGGUACGUGUUGGUUUGAAUGUUAAACAAUCUACCUUUAUUCAAAACAAUACCGACUUUGGUGGAGAUGAAGAACAAAUCGUUGAAUAUACUUCAAUCAUCCGACCAACUGGUUUACCUAUCAAAUUACUUCUUGCAACUAUUGAAGGUGAAUUAAUUGCUAGACUAAAUAAAUAA